CCGGCCGUUCAACAAGUAGAAAACUAACGCGCAAUCCCUCGGCCGCUGCGUCGCGCAGGGUGCACGGAAUACCUCCUCGACGAGGGCUCAACACACCGCGAUACCGUCGACGGCAGUCGUAGUAGUACGCGCGCCGCGAUGUGUAUACCGCGGUUGUCGUGCACGUCGUGUCACCGGUCGGUACCACCGGAACCGGCGAUGAAACAAUAUUAAUAUUGCGAUUGUCGUUUUUAAGUGCAGUUUUGCCGAUCGUUUAACACACCACAAAUAUAGAAUAAUAUUAUACGUGUAUAUUACUAGCGCGGGGUGUGUAUUUUAGUCGAUAAUAAUUUAUUAUUAUUCGUAUUAUAUUAGGUAUAUACGUUAUAUUCGAUUUAUUGCAUUUACCGACCGACCGAUACUAUAGUAUUAAACGCGUCACUCGAUCGCGUGUAUAGAAUAAUCAGUCUCGUAAAUAUCAAAUUGUUUUUUUUUCGGUGUUUUUGUUGUUGUUUUUAUUCCAAUGGCAGCUACCGAAUGGAUCACGGCGAUCGACAAAAGGCCGUCCGACAGGAGCGUCAAAGACGUGGAGGCCAUUACGUCACGACUCAGACGUGUGGAUACGUUAAACCGUCUGCCCAACAACGUAUUGCAACAGUUGGCAUUUGUAGGCUACUACGAGGACCUGGAACGUGGCGUUAUGCUGUACAGACAAGGCGAAAUUGGGUCAAGUUGGUAUGCCGUAUUAGGUGGAAGUUUAGAAGCAAGACUUACGCACACCACUCAAACUUCGUCAACUAAUACUGACAAGGCCGUUGUCACUCUGGACGUUGGUGCGACUUUCGGCGAAUCAAUAGUCCAUGACUUGCCCAGAGACAUGACAGUAUGCACAAAAACUACAUGUGAGCUGCUUAGGAUACACCAGAAUGACUUCAAAAAGAUUUGGGACAAACACUCAAAUUUGAUGAAAGACUUAAUCGCUACCAAUAAACUAAGAAACGGUAUGGCCACUGGAAAUCUAACCAAGUGUCAAUCUCCUCCACCUGUAAUGAAUCAGACUCGCAGAACGGUUACCCCUGAUAAUCCUGAUCCGGCUGAAGUCAUUACGGAGAACCCUAGUAUGCCAAUGGCCAGAGCCGGUUGGGUAGUACGCACGCUAUUGCUCAGUGAUCAAAACACCGUGCUCAGGGACCGGAAGACCGGUGGUGGCCGAUCCGUGGUCCGGAGAUGCGCUUCCGGCAGCGAGCUGAUCGACUGGCUGAUGAACCUAGUAUCCACCGAUCACGAUUCGUUCAGCAGACACGACGUCAUUGGCAUGUGGCAAGCUCUGCUUGAGGAAGGAGUUAUAUCGCACGCUACCGGGGAACAUCCGUUUAAGGAUAAGUGUCUAUUUUACAAUUUUUGGCAAGACAGAGAAGGUGCUCUAAACACACCUACCAUACAAGACGUGGCCGAGGCUGAAGAACACUUAGAAGAAGCAUUGCAAGAACUUAUCCAUAGGGGACCAGAUGCGCAUUUGCGUCUGAUCCUCCGAUCACCGAGUUCGGAAAGGACGCCCGAGGACUUAGAGCUGAUAUUUGAGGAGUUAAGCGUGCAGAAGGCUCUCGUUCAUCUGCCAAAUUCGGUGAAACGGGAACUGGCAUCUGUUGUGGUGUUUGAAGCACAUCCUAGAGCCGGCCAUAUACUGUUUCGACAAGGAGACGAAGGCAAAGCGUGGUACGUGAUCAUGCAGGGUGCGGUCAGCGUGGAAACGUACUCCAAAGGCGUUGUAGAAUCGUUGUACGAAGGUGAAGACUUUGGCGGUUUGGCUUUAAUACAUAACGUUCCAAGAUCAGCGACCAUAACCGUCAAAGAAGACAAUACACAUCUGCUGCGUGUAGACAAAGACAGCUAUAAUAAAAUCGUAAGGGACAUCGAAGCGAAUACAGUCAGACUGAAAGAACUCGGUAGUGACGUGUUGGUACUAGAAAAAUCUCCACGAUUACACAAAUACAUGAUUAUUGCUGGAACUCCACAAAAAAUUUUAGAACAUCUACUAGAGCACAGACUAAGUAGCACAAAUGUCGCAAGCUCCAGGAACGACCCAUGUCUAGACGAUUUUUUAUUAACGCACAUAGUAUUUAUGCCCACUAGGACAUUAGUAUCGGAACUCAAUAAAUAUUAUCAUAUGGAAAAUCCAGCGCAAGACAGAGAGUAUACUAUCAAUUGUAAAAGAAAAGUAGUACAAUUUGUAUACAGAUGGGUAGUAACCAUAAGGCAUCCGGUGUUUGACGAUGUCAUCUCGAUGUCAUUUCUCGAGGAACUGGCCAGUGACGUAGAAGCUGAUUGUCAACUGUUAGGUGGCAAAAGUCAAGCUUUGCAAGAGGAAGCUAGCCUAAUGCAUCAUAUUAUGUCUCGAUUGAGAAGGUAUCAGGAUGAACGAUCAGAAAUUUCGGGCUUAAAAUGGAAGUUACCACCUGGUGGUCAACCCAUUUGCCUGUUUUCAGCAAUAAGCAAUCCGUCAAAAAAUAAUAGACCAAUCAUCCGACCAAACGAUGACAUUAUAUUCCGAGUGUAUUGUGCCGAUCAUACAUUUUGUACGUUACGACUGCCUGUCAAUGCCACGGCAGAAACUAUCAAAGUGGGAGCCUACGAAAAAUGCAGCCUUCGACAUCCCGUACAAGAUCUAAGGAUAGUAGAAGUAAAAUCAAACGGGGAAAGGGUACCGUUCAGGGACAGCGAACACUCGAUACCCACCACUGUGGCACUAAACAGUUGCAUAUUUCUAACACCAAAAGAUCACAUGGAUGCAUUGACAUGUGUGCCAGAACAAGAAAAAUCCGAAGGGGCGGAGAUAUCGAGUGAUUUUGAUUCACUGAGUACCAAGGAACUGGCGUAUCACAUGACACUUUUCGAUUGGGAAUUGUUUUGGAACGUUCAUGAGUAUGAAUUGAUAUACUUAACGUUUGGCAGACAUCGAUUCCAACAAAUCACAUCAAAUUUAGAUAUAUUUCUCAGGCGGUUCAACGAAAUUCAAUAUUGGGUUAUCACCGAGAUAUGUAUGUCACAAAAUAUAUCAAAAAGAACGAAUAUAUUGAAGAAAAUGAUAAAAUUGGCAACGUACUGCAAAGAAUACUAUAAUUUUAACGCAUUCUUCGCAAUCCUUAUGGGACUAAGUGACGUGGCCGUUAGUCGGUUGUCAACUACUUGGGACAAGUUACCGUCUAAGUCACGAAAACAGUUCACUGAAUAUGAGACGCUCAUUGACCCAAGCCGGAACCACAGAGCGUACCGAAUCACUGUGGGCAAAUUGCCCUCUCCCAUGAUACCGUUUAUGCCCCUGCUCAUCAAAGACAUGAAAUUCACCCAUGACGGCAACAAAACGCACGUGGACGGUUUGGUCAACUUUGAAAAAAUGCAUAUGCUGGCCCAAACUAUGAGGACGCUCCGGUAUUGCCGAGCCAGACAUUUGGUGUUGGAACCACCGGUGUCGAAAAACGAAACCGACGUCAAGUCGUAUGUGAGCUGUUUAAGGUGUGUGAACAACGAACGGACGUUGAUGAGCAUGUCCCAGAAACUAGAACCCAGGAGAACUUAGACGCUCAUCUACAACGGUAUCAUAGCAUAUAAUAAAUACUUAAAACGAUUCAACGAUACCUUAAGAGUUGUAUCAUAAUAUUAUAAUAUUGUACAGAGGACUCUUCUCCGAGUGAAUACUGUAUACAUAAUAUAAUAAAAUAUAUAUUACAUAUAUAUUACUACAUGUACACACAUGCAUAUAAAUGAUGAGUAUUAAGUAUUUUAUUCGUGUAUACGCUGUAGUACAUAUAUCAUAAUAUUGGCGUAUAUAAUAUAUAUAUAAAUAUUAUUUUUUUGUUUUAAAUCAUAUAAAUUUUGUUUUUUUUUUUUUUUUAAUUUUUAUUUCGUGUAAAUUAUAUUAUGUAUACAGGGUGAUUUGCCAAGGACGUCCACCACCUUAUUUCAAUAAUACAUUUAUUAAAAAUCUGUUUUUUUAAUUUUUAAAUACACUCGAAGGCCAUAUUUUCGAAUACUUGUUGUAAAAAUGUAGUAAAAAAUAAUAUUCUAUAUCUAUAACCCAAUCACUGAAUCUCUCGUCAACUUAUUUUGUAAACAUAAAAAAAACACUAAUUGUGAACACUUGGACUAUAUACACAGACCAUUAUCCUUUAUACCUACUUAAAGUUUCAUAACUCGAAAACCAAUUAUUAGCUAGGUACCUACAUUAAAAUUUAAAAAAAAAUAAUACCUGACUAACAAUUUACAGGGGAAAAUAAGAGUUAACUUAUUAAAAAAAAUUGUUGGUAUCGCCGAAAGAUUAUUAAUUGAUACAAAAAAACCUCAAUUAUUCGAAAAUAUGUCUACAGUUGAGUUAAAAAAUUUCUAAAAUCCGAUUUUAAAUUACAUCAUUAUUUAAGAAAAAAUGAUAGGCGUCCUCUUUAUCACUCUAUAUAAUAUGAUGAGUACAAUUAUUGUUAUUAUUAUUGAUGCACGAAUCUCCACUCAAAUAGCAAUAUUAUUAUUAUUAUUUAUUAUAACAUAAGUGUCUUUUUUUCUUGUUUUCCUUUUUUACCCGAAUAUUAGACGUGUUAAUACAGGGUAGAAAGAUACGUCACAGUAUUUUUUUGUUUUUUCUUAAAUGUAUUUCUUCAUUAUUUCUCAACGUUACGUUUAAUUUAAAUGUAUAUUAUAAAAUAAUAUAAGACAAUCAGAGAACGAUGAUAAUCAUUCACGGAUGAAAUUAAUUAACAAUAAAUGAUACGAGAUGGUUAUUAUUAGGUUAUUAUUAGAGAGCCUCUAUUAUAGGCUCUCUAGUUAUUAUUAUUUAUUUAUUAUUAUUAUUAUUAUUAUUAUAGGUACUAUGUACAUUUUAUUUGAAAAAUUCCAAUCAGUAAAUCUCUUUGAUUAUAAUUGUUACAAAUAACUACGAUAAUAAUUUAAUAAAUUAUGCAUCACGGAAACACCAUAGGUUCUUAGAGCUUGAUAAACAUAGAAAUAAUGUAUUAUUUUAGAUUUACGAAUAGAGUGUGACAACAUUCAGUACGAAUUACUACCGUGUCAAGAGUUCUUUACUGUUUGCUAAAUAAUAACAACAAUUAUAAUUUUUGUAAAAAAAAAAAAUUAAAAACGACAUUAUAUUAUUUCAUAAUAUAGAUAAUAUAGUAUCAUUACUAUACCUAAUGCGUUAUUAUUAUGUCUAAUAAAUUGUUAGUUUUUAUUUUUAUUGGCACGCUGUUAAGCUGAUUAUUUUCACACUCUAUGCAUCGACUUUAUGUACACUUAUUCUUAUCAUUAAGAUCUAGUCUAUUUUAAAUUGUAUGUAGUAUACUUUUUUUGACUACAGAUAUUUUUUGUGAUAAUAAUAUUAUGGGUCCAUUUUUCCAACUUACAAAUAUCUUCCGAUCGUAUUGUUUGUUUGUUCGAUCAUUAUUAUGUGUAUCUCAAACGGCGUUUGUAUUCUAAUAGUUGUUAUAGUGAUUAAUAAUAUAUUGUAUGUAAUUAUAUUAUAUAAGAUAAACUCGAAGACAUUGUAUUGUUUACAAAUCUAAAAGCAAGAUUGUCUAUUACUACUAUAGCUACAUAGAUAUACAGUAGUAUCAUAAUUCAUAAUUCAUAGUUGGAAACGAUAUUACCGAGAAUUUGUUUUUAUAGAUAUUUAUGUUCGAUUUUUUCUAUUGGUACAUCUUGCUAAUAUUUUGUAUUAUUGAUUACACUUUGACACUGUAUAAAAUGCAUCCUUGUAACGUUCUUCUUUCUAUCCAAAUUGAUUUGUGGAACUUUUAUUGAUACAGCUACAUUGUUUACAUUGUUAGGCUUACCAUCACUUUAUUGUCUUCGAAAUUUCGCAUUAUAUUAUAGUAUGUAUUGGUACAAUAUAUUACUAUAAUAUGUAAUUUUUAUAUUAUUAUAAAUAUUUUUUUUUUAGUCAUUGUGUUAUUUAAACUUAAAAUUUGUUCCAUAUUUCAUUAUAAUUUAUACAUAAUUUGUGUUACAUUUUAAACGUUAAAUAUAUGUGUUCUAAAGCAAAUA